UUUAGGCAUUUUCACUUCCGUGGAUAUGUUGCUCAGGGGAAUUAUUAUUCAUGCGUACCUUUAUACGGGCCAGCAGACAAACCAACUUCAGGAAGUUAGUGCCAUCAGAGGAUGAUUUUGAUCAGAUUUACUUUUGAAUUAAUGGAAUGAAAUCUCGUCAUCCAAUUUAGAUAUAAUCUAAGCAUGAGGAGUUUAAACAAGGCUAUACGAGUUUAAGAAGGGUCUACUGAUGCAUUGUAUUGCCUCUGAAGAUGUGCCAAAGAAGACUUGAUACCUCAAGCUGACUCAGACGAAUUUAAUAUUCCUGUCGCUGAGCUGUGGACGGACGAAGCAUAUAGUGAACCAUGACGCAAGUCCCUGGUAUGGAGACCUCUGCCAUCUCCGUCCUGAAACGAGCCGUGGAGCUGGACCAGAGCUCGCGCUUCCAGGAGUCGCUAGUGUGCUACCAGGAGGGGAUCCAGCUACUGAUGGACGUGCUGAAAGCUGUGAAAGAUGACUCAAAGAAAGUCCACUACAGACAGAAGAUAAAGAGCUACAUGGACCGAGCAGAACAGAUCAAAGUCCACGUCAACCAACUAAAAGAAGAGGGGAAGUACCAUGAGCAGAUCAGGAUAGCAGAAGAUGCUACAGGCUAUAGUUAUGAGGUUCUGUUCAGGCCUUACGUCACCGAGGGGCUGACUGAGGUCUGGGUGGAGGACCCUUACAUCCGACAUAUUCACCAGCUGUAUAACUUCCUGAGGUUCUGUGAGAUGCUGCUGAAGGCCAGCUGUCAGGUGAAGAGGAUUCACCUGCUGACCUCUCAGGAAGAGGGGGACUAUUCUUCUCAGCAGGCCAGUGCUCUGUCAGAGCUCAAACAGAGUCUACAGAGCCAGGAUGUGUGUCUGGACCUCCAGUACUCCACUUUUCACGACAGGGAGAUCAGGUUUGACAACGGCUGGAUCAUCAAGAUAGGAAGAGGACUGGAUUACUUCAAGAAACCAAAGGGUCGUUUCUCCAUCGGCUACUGUGACUAUGACCUGAGGCAGUGCCAGGAGACCACAGUGGAUAUCUUUCACAGCAAACACACUAAGACAUUAUAACACCUUUGGAACUGGAGUCUAUGGCUACACUGCAUUAUGCACAGUAGCAUACCACUUAGAACUCAUGUCCAAUACAUUGCUCUAUUGUAAGUUAAAUGCAAGUGUGGAUAGGCCUAUUGGAACAGAGGGGCUCUCUUUCUAAAUGUCUCCCCCUCUGUCCAGUCUGUGUGUACCUGUAAAACACAUACCAAGUGCCUUUUUUAAGUCUACAUGAUCAAUCAUGUAGUUUGAUCUGACGGGGUUGUUUUUUGGGGGCUCCUAAUGCUUAUUAUGUGUAUCUGAGGACAUUGGACUUGAAUGGUGGAUCCAAAUGAUAGUUUGGUUGUUUCUGAAUCUUUUCUUAACCUGUUUUUUUUUAUUAAACAUAUGCAUAUUCUUUAAAAGUA